AUUUUGUCACACGAAAGUUGUAUACAAAAACGUUGUCUAUACGAUAUCAUUUAAAUUCGAUUUACCAAAUUCCAUACAUCAACUUGCUUCGAGUAUUACCAUGCAAACGCUUCAUUAAAUAGUUAAGAAGGAGUUUACAGCACACGUAAGACAAGUAAUCUAUUGUUACACAUGCUGGACGGCAGAAAAAUAUAAGAAAUGAUAAACUAUUUAAGCAACGGUGCUUUUUUGUAAUUGAAAUUAAUACCAAAGAUCUAUCAUGAUUUUUUAGAAGUAACAGAUAAGAAAAGUAGUUAAUUCUUCUCGGCUUAUCAGUAUCGUUCUUGCUGAUUUAGUCCACAGACGUGCGGCAGUUUCGGAGAAGUGAAUAUGUCAAAGACAGUUUUUAUUAGCUUACUUUAUUUCCUAGUGCAGACACAUACAGCAGCACCGGAGAGGCACUGUUUCAAUAACCAAUGUGGCGAUCAUUUUGCUAACUUGACCGAUUGUCUCGGUCACACCUGGAACUGUGACAGUGAUGAGUACUGUGAGAUGAUCACCCACCAGGCCGAUUUCCAAUGCAAUCGCUUCCCUGCCUUGGAAGGUGAAUCCAGGAGAUGGCAGAUGCAGUGCCAGCCGAUUCAAGCAACUCAUUCCAAUGGGAAUCACAUAGGCUUGGAUACCUGUCGUUACCUCAGUAACGAGUGCACCCCAGGCUGCGACCCCAACAGCCACGCACACAGCUGCAUACUGUGCGCCACCAGUUUCGAAGACUUUGAAAGUCGAGUCAGAAACACGACGAGCACCCUGCUGUCCACUGUGUCAUCUACCGGACAGCCAGCACAGCCUAACACGACACAGGCUGGUAGCAGUAUAGUAGGUCGCUGACACUGUACACAGCUCACGACACAUCACAGCGAGAAACGGGGAUGGAGAACAGCUGAUGAAGACAACUGUCGCGUGUCGACCUUUCGACCUUUGAAUAUCCGUGUUUAAAGGUGUGUUUAGAAUGAUGCGUUAAAUAAAGUGCAAAAAUCC